UGCAGACCACGCACUGCUUCAUUCAUUGCUCGCAUCAAGCAUCCGCUCUCCCAUCCACCCACAUUGUAUCUCCCACUAAACGUUCUUCCUGGAUCAAGACUUUUUCCGAUAACCAACUCUCUUGACCUGAAGCCAAAACGGGAAAAGGCCGUCCAAUCAUGCCCGGGCGACGAUGUGCUUUUCGUGAAGCGUCGAAAAACGGCAGCGAGCCGCUGAAUGAAAAUAUACAAGAAAAGAAAUCGUAAUCAUGUCGAUGAUUCGUCACAUCGUGGGCACAAUGUCCAACAUCGCUCAUGCUAUCAGAGCGACUUGGUAGUUCGAAACUCGUUCCAGAUCAAAACAUCGACGGCAUCUGGAACACCCUACUGGGGGCAGCCACCGCCCUGGGAGCAGUUGCGGGCAAUGUGACCGACCUGGCCGCACUUGUAGCACUCUUGGCUGGGGGCGCCACGGCCACCCAUCUGGGCACCGCCGUCCUUGGUGCACUCGCGCGAGAUGUGGCCGGUACCACCGCAGCGGUAGCAGGUCUUCUCAGCCUGGGGAGAGGUGCACUCGCGGCUAACGUGGCCCUUCUCGCCGCAGUUGUAGCAGGUUGGGGUACCCUUGGUGGGGCACUCGGCAGCGCGGUGAGAGGAGUCUCCGCCUGGACAUGGUCAGCGCGUGUUCAAAGUGAUGCGCAGCAGAUGCAGUUCCGAGUCAGGAAUGGUGGUCUCCGCGCUUGAAUAUCGAUCUGGACCUGUCGCUGGACCCUGAGGCGAGACGCUCUCGCGAUCUGAUAUACAAAGCGGGGCCGCAUUCGGACCGUGUCACCGCAUGGUGGG